GUCAAAACCAAACAAAGUGUCCUAUAUAAAAAAGCUGUCUCCUUUCCUUUCUCCUCCCCCAAACCCAUUUCAUACAUUCAUUUGCACACAACACACAGUCACUUGCUUCCACCCACCACCGUCAUUCAUCUCUCCCCUCCUUUCUUCUUUUUCUCCUCCUUGCUUAACCAGCUACCUCUCUUCAUUCUGUUUUCCUGAACAUCACCACCACUAACAAUGGCUGUUCUUGCUGCCUUUCUGGUCUUCUUCCUGGCCUUAGCUGGUCACUCAAGUGCAAAUUACUGUCUCUGCAAGGAUGGGGUGGGGCAGCAAGCUUGGCAGAAGGCCAUAGAUUAUGCGUGUGGAGCUGGAGCUGACUGCACUCAAAUCUCUCAGAAUGGAGCUUGUUACCAGCCCAACACUGUGAAAGAUCACUGCAACUAUGCAGUUAACAGCUACUUCCAGAGGAAAGGUCAAUCUAGUGGUACCUGUGACUUCAGCGGAGCUGCCUCGCCUAGUGUCACUCCCCCAACCGGUGUAGGUUCUACCUGUGUUUUCCCUGCAAGUCCCGGCAAUGCUGGAACAUCACCAACAACAAACCCAGGAUCAACUACUCCAGGAACAGGCACAGGCAUGGGUACUCCCACCGGCACCGGCACCGGCACCGGAACUGGAACAGGCACCGGAACUGGAACAGGCACCGGAACUGGAACGGGCACGGGCUCAAACACUGGAACAGGAAUAACUACUGGAACCACACCAUCAGUAUUUGGGACAGGGUUAGGUCCAACUGGGAGUGGAACUGGCAUUGGUGAUAGCAGUGGUGUGGAUUCCAGGAAAGUUACAAACUUGUUCAUCUUUGCCUCAUCCACUUUGACCCUCUGGGUAUCUGGGCUUCUCCUGGUAUCUGGGUUCUAAGUAAAAUCAGAUGAGGAAGAAGGAUUUGAAAGUGGGCAGUGGUUUGAUGUGUGGAUGAGAUUUUGCCAGAGCACUAGCAGCAUAUGAUAUUUUGUUGUAGAAUGGAGACAACUCAAAGUGUAGAGGUGGGAAGAAGAGAAGAGAAUCAUCAUCUAGAGCAGCAAACCCCACCGAAUUAGGGGUUUCUUUUUCUUUUGUUGUUACUUUUCCAAUCUUUGAUCCUUUUGAAAAACCCAAAAAAAGGUAAGAUGGGGGAAUGUGAUUCCUUUAUUUGAGUGGGUUGUAGGAUGGCUGGUCGUUGUAAUUGUUGUCUGGACUUUGGAUGUAGGGUUGGGACUUGGGAGACUCGGGAGAAGUGAGAAGAAGAGAACCUCCUUGUCUCUUCUUUCUCUCCUUUCUUCCUUUUUUUUAGAUGUUAAUUAUGUAAGAAAACAAGCAUUCCCCAUUGUCUGGUUGUUGUAUAUCUAGAGAGGGCACUACUUUGUGGUAGCAGCAAGUAGUAAUUUUAGCAGUAGUCUUUUUAUCUUAUCCUUUCCCUUCCAGUUACCCUAAUGGAACUAUUUACUCCAUCUU